AUGGGGAGUGCUACUAACACCUGGACCAAAGAGAGCUUCUGUUUUGGUUUUUAUUUUGUUCUCUUCGUUUUAUUUGGUGAGCAGGUUUGGGCUCAGAUAAGAUAUUAUGUUCCGGAGGAGGUUAAAGAAGGCACUGUGGUGGGCAACAUUGCUAAGGAUCUCGGACUUGACAUCAGCAGCUUGGCCGAUCGACGGUUCCGCGUCGUGUCCGGGUCCAAGGAGGCUAUUUUUGAGGUAAACCAGAACAAUGGGGCUCUGUACGUUCACCAUCACAUUGACAGGGAGCAGCUGUGCCAGGGCGGCGCUGCGUGUCUCAUGGAACUCAAAAUACUGGUGGAAAACCCACUCGAAAUCCAUUACGUGCUGGUGGAAAUAUCUGACGUGAAUGAUCACUCCCCGAGCUUCCCCGAACCGGAGCAGAGGUUUGAAAUAGCCGAGCACACUUUGCCAGGGAGGAGAUUUCAAUUGCACACAGCGCGGGAUCCAGAUGCAGGAAUUAAUUCCAUUCGCACGUACACUCUGACACAAAAUGAUCAUUUCGAAAUUAACGUUCGUCAAAGUGAUGCAGGGAAGGUUCCGUUUUUGGUGCUGAAGAAAUCUCUGGACCGGGAACAGAAGGACAUACACUCAUUACUCGUCACAGCAAUUGAUGGAGGUAAACCUCCACUGUCAGGCACCCUAAAUGUCUCCAUUAUUGUCCUUGACAGCAACGAUAAUAGACCCAUAUUUAGUCAGGAUAGUUAUCAAAUUACAAUAGCAGAAAAUAUUCAGAUUGGUACUUCAAUAUUUAAAAUGAACGCCAGUGAUCCAGAUGAAGGUAUUAAUGGGGAAAUAGAAUACAGAUUUGCAAAAACAUCAAGUCGAGAACUGUACGAUCAUUUUGAGUUAGACAAAUUAACUGGAGAGAUGAAAACAAAAGGAAUGAUUGACUAUGAAGAAAGAGACAUGUAUGAGUUAGACGUUGAGGCGUUAGAUAGAGGAAUACCUCCCCUGACAGGUGAGUGUAGAAUCAUAAUCAAAAUAAAAGAUGUAAAUGAUAAUGCACCAAACAUAGAAGUGACAUCCGUGUCAAAUAGAGUGUCUGAAGACUCUAAACCUGGUACAGUUAUUUCUCUCAUUAGUGUUAUGGAUAAAGACUCCGGUGUGAAUGGUAAAAUUAUUUCACAGAUAACCAAUAACGUACCGUUUGAAUUAAAGCCGUCCUACAAGGAGAACACUUACUCAGUUGUCACUAAAACAUUGUUGGACAGAGAGGAGGUGUCACAUUAUGAAGUAAUAAUCAAAGCCAAUGACUGUGGCGAGCCUUCAUUAUCUUCUUUCCAAACUCUGAACAUUCAGGUAGCGGAUGUGAAUGACAACGGUCCACAGUUUGAGAAAAGUCUGUUAGAGUUUUAUGUUUUCGAGAACAACAUUGCAGGCAAGUCUGAGUUUUCAGUGAGCGCAACGGACACCGACAUAGAUGAAAACGCAGUUGUUUCAUAUCAAAUAUUUAGGGGGGGAAGUGUGACUGACAUUGCCUCUUUUCUAAAUAUUAACUCUGAAAAUGGACAAAUAUCAGCACUCAAAAGUUUUGACUUUGAGACGCUGAAAAGUUUCCAGUUCCAAGUGGUGGCCACAGACGGUGGAAGUCCUCCACUGAGCAGCAACGUGACAGUGAAGGUGUUCAUUCUGGACCAGAACGACAACGCUCCAGUCAUCCUGUAUCCAGUCAGCUCCAACGGUUCUGCUGAAGGUGUGGAGGAGAUUCCCCGCAAUAUGAAAGCAGGAGACUUGGUGACUAAAGUCCGAGCCUAUGAUGCUGAUAUAGGAUAUAACGGCUGGUUACUGUUUUCACUGCAGCAAGUCACUGACCACAGUCUCUUUACUUUGGACCGCUAUACGGGCCAGAUCAGAACACUUCGCUCAUUGACAGAGACGGACGAGGCUGAGCAUGGACUGCUCAUACUGGUCAAAGACAAUGGCAACGUUUCCCUGUCAGCAACAGCUACUGUGACUGUCAAACUUGUGGAGCCCAAAGAGGCUUUUGCAGCUUCUGAUGUCAAACGUGCAGCAGCAAAAGUGGACGAGGAGGACGACAAUGUGACUUUUUAUCUCAUCCUCACUUUGGGCUCGGUCUCGCUGCUUUUUGUCAUCAGCAUCAUCGUGCUGAUCGCCAUGCAGUGCUCCAAAUCCACAGAGUACACUUCCAAAUAUCUCCAAGACGCUAAUUAUGAUGGGACACUGUGUCACAGCAUCCAGUACAGAUCAGGAGACAAACGCUACAUGCUAGUUGGACCCAGAAUGAGUAUAGGUUCUACUAUAGUCCCGGGCAGCCACGCCAACACUCUGGUGCUCCCUGACAGGAGACACACUUCUUCCGGGGAGAGGAGGUGAACGAAGGAACUGUGGUCGGGAAUGUGGCCAAGGAUCUAGGUCUGGACAAAUCCUCUCUGGUGGACCGACAGUUCCGUGUGGUGUCUGGAUCGAAG